CGUUUUGUAACAAGUGUGAAGCUCUGGUCCAAAGACCAGUUGUCAGAAGAAAUCGAGACGAAUCGACGAAUCAUCUUCGAUCGAUCGAUCGAUCGACAAAAGAGACAUGCUAUGAUGAAUCGGAGAGGCAAAAUGAAACAUGUUGGGUGCCAGUGGUUAUGCUUUUGCAUGCGAUCUCUAGUAGUUUCGAUUGUCGUCGCAACGAUGACUACAAAGUCCGGUAUGGCUACAAUGGAACACCAAAUUUCCUUUUCGCACGAACACUCGGCAGAGGCACAGCAUCGCUCGCAUUCACCGGUGUCUUCUGUUUCUUAUUUGGCAAGGGAAGAACCUACCAAACUUUCCUGGUCAAAACUCCACUCUCCUUCCUCCGUAUUGUACUCUUCCAAAGACGACAAAAAGCUCGAGUUCUACAGGAAACAACGACUGUGCGAGAUUGGUGGGUACAUGUACCGAGAGGGUGAAACCGUUAGGACCUUCGAAUUAAAGUGUGGUUCCGUCCGAGACUUUCCGUGCGUUUGUGCUCCCGAUUUGGAUCCGCCACUAUGGUGUCCCUAUUGCGGGAUCUAUUUGUCGCCAAAGUGGGCCAGUUCUGCUGCGAGUAGCGACAGCAACAUAGAACGGCUAAGGAUCAGUAACGCACCGGGGUUCUUUUGUCUCAAAGACGGGGAAACAUCGGAUCCGUUCGUUGGAAUCGAAAGCGGUAUUAGACAAGUCUGCUCUUGCGCUCUAACCGACGAAGGAAAACCAGUUUCAAAGUGCGACGUUGCAAGCCCUGAAUUUGGCCACAAUUCAGAGAAGAAAGAAGGAGGAUAUGAUACACACACAAAAGGAAACGAAAGCGGUACCGGGGAUAGCGGGAACGAUACCGUUUCAAGUGCGAUAGCGGAGGGGAACACUAGCGCACAUUCGAAUAUGAGUUCUAAUGCGAGCGCAAGUGCGAAUGCUUAUGGAAAUGGAAAUGGAAAUGGAUACGGUACGGGUGUGAACACUGCGGGUGAAACAGAUUUGAACACAGACCCGGGAGGGACUCAACGACUAGCCAAUCCGAAUAACAAAGACAACAACAACGGCAAGAAAAGUACUCCCGGGUUCAAUGACAAUGAUAGUUUUCCCAAAAUGAAAACAACAUCAUCAUCUGCUUUCAACGACAAAACCUCCAAAGAUGACACCUCGAAAGAAAGCAAUGGCAACACGGAGGAGAAGACGACGUACAAAAAUGGCAGCGGUGUCAACGAUGGCGACGACGAUGUUUGCACGCUAGAGCUGCCCGGCGAAAGCGGAGAAACAAUGACCUUUCGACGGGGAGAAUCGUACGGACCCUUCCUCCGCAACCGGUGCCAGGCUCCCAGCAAGCAUCCGUGUUACUGCGAUCCCGAUGCGUACCGCCAAAUGGACUGUCCGUAUUGCGGGUUCGAUCUCGGAGAAAAUUCUCUACUCUGCGCGAGGCACAACGAAACCGUAUCGUUCUUUGCUCCGGACGGACCCCACGGCGAAGUUCGGACGUGCUCCUGCUCGAUCCAGGGUACUCCCAUAACCAACUGCGAAACGUCGAAUCAUCCAUAUGUGGUGCGCAGCGACGAUGGAAAUGCCAGCCCGGGUGCCUCCAGCCACCAGGAGACUAUCACGACUGGUGGCCAAAAGGGCUGCCCGAUCAAAGAUCCGAGCUCGGGACGAGUCGUUGCUGUGGUACCGGACGGUGCAUCAUUCGGAGAGUACGCGUCGACUGUCAUGGGCACGUGCGGGGAUGGUAAGCAAUGGCCGGCCUUUUGUGACGCAUCUUCGGACGCCGAGCCCACUUCUGCUCAAGUCAAGUCAUCCGUGACGACGAGCCAACAGGGACUACACAACACUCUGAGCGUCGAUAUUCGGGACCGUGCCGAUGUCUUGUAUCCAUAUUGUGUGUACCUUGAUGUUGAAUCUGGCAGCCCCGUCUGCGCUAGGGAUAAGGAAGAAGUUGUGUAUACUAACGACGAAGGAAUUCAAGUCAAGUGCUCGUGCGUCAUCGAUGAAAAAGAUUCGCGAGUUGAUGGAUCUUUCACAUGUGGGCCAUAUACCGGAAAUAACGAAACCAAAACCGAAGUAGGUCUCAGCAAGGAGCAAGGAGGUGGGAAUAAUACCGGCACUCCGAAUACUGCUUUCGCCAAUGAAAAUAAUACCAAAACCGAAGAAUUUCCCAACGAAGUAGAGGAGGCAAAGGAGAAGAAGGAGGAGGAGGAAGAAGACUACGAUGAUGACGAUGACGUCGGCACUGCAUAUAAUGUUGGAGACGAAAAAGAUGUCAAGCUUGUGGAUGAAAAUAAAAACAAUCAUGUUCCUUCGACGACUGGGAUUGGAAGUAGUCUUGAUGACAACAACGUAAACAAGAACAUUGACAAAGACGGAAAUGCUCUCAGUAGUGGGAACAAUCUUGGAAGUGAAAAUAACAACAACGAUAUUCCUUCAAUGCCCGGAAACGGAAGCAAUCUUGGUGACAACAUCAUGAAUAAAAACAUGAACGACAAGAAUAGUGACAUCUUAAUAAGCGAUCUUCAAGGGGAAAAUUACAACAAAAAUCUUCCCUCCAUGACUGCGAUUGGAAGCAAUCUUGGUGGCAACGGCAUAAACAAAAAUAUCAUCAAUAAUAAUGGUGGCGGCGUGAUCGAAGACAGCAAUCUCCCUGGCAUUGGAAGCAAUUUCGAGGGUGGCGCCCUCGCAAACAAUAGACCAACGCUACGACCAACUAUGUCACCAAUUUAUGUGCCUCAGAGUGGAACAAUCGCGACAUACGGUGGUACCAGUGGCAAUUCUAUCAUCGUUCAAAUACUAUUGACGACAAUAGGAUGGGCAAUGGGGACUAUGCUAAUACUGAAAACCAUAUAAUGGAAUAAAAAGAAAACUACUGUAAACCACUUUCUUGUAUCACGUAGUAGCCAUCGAUUUGUGGAUGCUAAGAUGGUUGAAAUACGGUAAGCUUUGAAUGAAGAUCAAAUAAGGCGUUCUCGAUCUUAUUCUUUUGAAAUAUGAGCUCUCCUCCUAGCUCUAAUAAUCACGACCUCCUUGCCGGAACUCACUUCCAAUUGCUCUUGCUUCAUAGUUCUCCAUAUAUCUACACUAUCCACUGAUCUGGAUCCUUCCAGUCUUCUAGAUUCCUUCAACUUCAAUGCUUCUUCUGCUCAACAGCAGCUGUUUGCUAUCUUCAUCACUUGCAUCAUAGUCGCCAGCUAAUUCAUUCACCAGCUGUCUUAGGACCUAUUAGAUCAUCUCCAGGUCUUCAACUUCUUUCAUAACAUUCAUACGUAUAAUACUUCAUCUACCAUUUGAUUCUGCACAAUGACACUAAGGUAGAUCCUGUUCCUAUCUCGCCUACUUACAGGAUUUCCAGCAACCAAGACUUCUCUGUUCCAACAGUGGAUCCUUUCUCCAAAAUUUUCAUCAUACCAUCCCUUUUGCGGUAGCAGAAUAUCUUUUUCUGAUGACAAAAAAAAAAACUCAUCCUCAUAACUAGUUGACUUUGCCACCUUGCUUACUCCACAGGGUGUGAUAUAAUCCUUUCUGUCUCAACAAUUCAGAGUGUGAUCCCUCUUCCUUUACUCCACCGCGAUCCAACACAACGAUCUUGUCGCAGUUUUUGACCGUUUCGAGCCGAUGCGCAACAACUAGUGUCGUUCGAGGAUUCUUCUGGUGCAUAUUAUCCAGUGCCKCCUGGACGAUUGUUUCGCUCUCGUUGUCUAGCGCGGAGGUGGCCUCGUCUAGGACCAGAAUUUUUGGGUCCUUGACGACAGCUCUAGCAAUCGCCACUCUCUGCUUUUGGCCACCCGACAGGAGCGAACCACUGGCGAACAGAAACAUAAAGAGGACAAAAAAAC